ACACCGGACGCUAGGGGAUCAAGACGCACGCCGCCCUGCCUCGAUGUGGGCUCUUUGACAAUCCCGACGCCGUUUCGCCAGUCAGGAGGUUUCGGAGGGAGGACUUUUUUUUUUAAUUCCACCGUUUGAUGUGACUGUUUGCAUCGCCGAUUAUCGAGUCAAUUGUUUUGGCUUUUGUCGCCCACCGCCCUGCGCGCAUUUCCCCCCUUCCCUUGUGCGCAUUUCCCCCUCCUUCCUGGCUCGGAUCGGCGAUCUACCUCCGCCGGCCCCCAUGUCCUAUCCUCAGGGUUACCUCUACCAGCCGCCGGGCUCGCUGGCUCUUUAUUCGUGUCCGGCUUACGGGGCCUCGGCUCUGGCCGCCCCUCGGAAUGAAGAUCUGGCCAGGUCGUCGUCCGGCUCCGCCUUCAGCCCCUAUCCCGGGUCGGCCGCCUUCUCCGCCUCGGCCGGUGCCGGCUUCUCCAGCCCGCUGUCAUACUCCACGGACCCGGCCGCCGGGUUCCCACCGUACAUGAGCUCCCCCUACGACGCGCACACGGCGGGCAUGGCCGGGGCCUUGAGCUACCAUCCGUACGGGAGUCCGGGGUAUCCGUACCAGCUCAACGACCCGGCUUACCGCAAGAACGCCACCAGGGACGCCACGGCCACCCUGAAGGCCUGGCUGCAGGAGCACCGGAAGAACCCCUACCCGACCAAAGGGGAGAAGAUCAUGCUGGCCAUCAUCACCAAGAUGACCCUGACCCAGGUCUCCACCUGGUUCGCCAACGCCAGGAGGAGGCUGAAGAAGGAGAACAAGAUGACUUGGGCUCCCAGGAAUAAGAGCGAGGAUGAAGAUGAGGAGGAUGGGGAUGGAGAGAGGAAGGACGUGGAGCGAUCGGGGAAGAACCUGGACAACAGCGAGGCUUCGGCGGAGGACGAAGGCAUCAGUCUGCACGUCGACACCCUGACGGACCACUCAUGUUCGGCGGAGUCCGACGUGGAGAAGGUUCUCUGUCGGGGGGGCGACCCGGGUUCGGAUCACGCCGGGGACAAAUGUGACGAGGACGCCGAGGAGCGGAACCACGCCCCCCGCUUCCAGCUCUCCCCCAAACCAGUCACGUCGUCCCCUCUGAUGGGGGUCGAAGCGCCGGUUUUCGCCCACCAGCACCACCACCACCACCUCCAUCACCUCCAGCAGCUCCAGCGGGAGGACUUAGCUCGGAGCCUCGGCAUUAACAAGCCUUGCCCGGAUAGCAGGCCGACCACCGGGGCUGGGUCCCAGACCCCCAAACCCAAACUGUGGUCGCUGGCGGAGAUCGCUACCUCAGACCCAAAGCAGCAACCGGGCCAGCCCGGCUGCCCCUCCUCUUCCUCCUCUUCCUCCUCCAGCGGGGGGCUCCUCACCCCCCCGACGUCCUCCGCGGCCUCUCCGUCUGCCACCCCGCCCUCCCUCUACCCGCCCCCCUCCCUCAUCGGAAGGCCUAUUUAUUACACGUCCCCUUUUUAUAGCAACUACACGAACUACGGCAACUUCAGCCCCCUGCAGGGCCAAAGCAUACUACGCUACUCCAGUUCUUCCGGGGUGAGCCUGGCAGCAGCGGCCGCCGCCGCAGCUGCAGCCGCCGCGGCGGCCAACGAGGGUCUGGCCCCGCAUCAUGGCCCGGAGGCCGGCACGCAGCCCAAACAACACAGGCCCGACUCCCCCCUGACGAAAAUGAACGCAAGCCCGGCCGGCGGGGAGCAGCAGCAGCAUUUCAGGCAUGCGCAUUUAGAAGCAAAGAAGGGCACAUAGAACCCACGGUCAGCCCACGGAGUCGGAAGGCACCACUUGGUUAUUAUCGCCGCAUAGAAUGUGCAAGUGCAAAUAGCGCAUCUCUCACUUUAGGUUCAUUGUAAUUAUCCAGGGUAAGCCAACAAUGCGUACUGCACAUGCGUACUCCUGCUGUAUCAGUGAGGAUGUACUAGGAUGGACUUUGGGAUUGAAUAUGCACUCUGUUUUGUACUUGAUGCUUGGAGUGGACUUUUUAUUUCCGUCAUCUGCAGGUAGGGGUCACACUUGCUUUGAGUACAAAGGCAGCCUGGCCCCCACCUUUGGUGUUUGGACCCCAUCACCUUUCCACCUUAAAGGGAUCCAGUGCCACCGCAGCCCAAUGAAGGCCGACCGCCCCGUCCCGCUUAUUCCAAGUGUGUGACACUUUAAAAGACAUGCGUACUUUAUAUCUUGGUUUCUCCUCCCGCAUAUGUGAUUGAUAUUAUUCCUCAGGUUCCUAUGAGUUAUUCAUUUGUCCCACUAUGUCAUUUCAGUCUACAUCUAUGUGUGGAAACUGCCUUUUUUAUGGUAUUUUUGGAGACGAGGGGGGGCGUCAAUGCAGUGAAUGAGCCUGAAGAGAACCUGUGAGGACUUCAAAGUUGAAUAGCCUACAUUUGAUAUUUAUUUUUUUAAAUGACGGCAGAAUGAUGCCUGUAAUUUAUGCAAGUUGUAUUGCAGAAACAGAAAAAGGAAAACUGACAUCUGAUGUCUGUUUUUGUAAAUAUAUAAAUAUAUAUAGUCAUGGUUUUUAUUGGAAUUUGGGAAAAGCGACACAAUCUUGCUACUGCUCCUGCUAAUUUAUAUCUUUGAAUGUAAAUAGAAAUGGAAACAAGCGCUGGUAUGGAUGUGCUGUAUAGGCUUGAUACCCUUGAUACCAUAUCAUGAUAUCAGCUACUCAAAGGAGAAAAUAUUAAACUGUU